GGUUACUGUUUCUUCUUGCACCGUCGUCGCAAAUCUGUUCGAUCGUUGUCGUUCUCCCUACAUCCGGCGGCAACUGAGCCAACGGUAGCCGCUAGCCGCCGCUAUCUCACGAUUCCCUCAUCGUGCUUCUUCUACUGCCCCUGCUGAUACCGCCACUAUGGCUUCUUGUACGAUGCUGUUACAGAUCUGCAUGGCAACUCCAGUGAAACCUCCGAAUGGGAUCCGAUCCCAAAGAAAGCAUUACUACUCCAUGUGGACGUGGGGCCUAUGGGAUAGUGUGCUCGUCGGUCAACAGAGACCAGUGAGAAGCUUCUCAGUUAUCAGGCACCUUAGCACCAAGAAUGUUAUAGCUCUCAAAGAUGUAAUGCUACCUAAUCACAAGGGGAGUUUCAAGGAUGUGUACUUGGUUUACAAGCUUAUGGAUACCGACUUGCACCAGAUCAUUAAGUCGUCUCAGACACUCACGAAUGACCAUUUUGAGUAUUUCUUUUUCCAGGGUGAUCUUGUUUAUUUAUUUGUGAUGUGGGAUAAUUUGCUUUGCGAUGUGGAGCAAGGGUAUAAUGCCUCGGAGUGCCUUUUUGUGGAGCAAGGAUUUAACUGCUUGAUAAGUGGCCGUGAGGAUGAGGAUUAUCUGAAAUGGAGGUGGAAGCCCAAAAACUGUGAAAUCCCAAGAGUUACCGUGCGGCAUGUUCUGGAAGCAUUGCAGAAUAAGAGAGUUGUUUUUGUUGGCAACUCUACUCUAUGAGUCGGACUCAAUGAGAGUCUUUGAUAUGUCUGCUGGUCACGUUAAUGGUGAGACUUGUAAUGAUUCUGGGGUGGUUGAGGUUUCUCCCAUGUUUCUUAAGAAUUUUCAGGGGAGAUGGUUAAAAAUUAACAUUUGAUUCGUCUGGUUUAAUGUAAGAAAGAUUUUUUUUUUCUUAUUUUAGUUACUUUUCUGUUUAAUGUAUUUUUUGUUCCAUUAAAAGGUCUCUUCAAGCUCAUUUGAUUUGGGUUUGCUA